GAGCAAAAGUUGCUCGGCAGCAGCACACUGUGUCAGCUGACUGUGGCUGUUUGUCCUACAUAUUAGAUCGCACAAUAACAACAUCCACACAGCGAUACUGCUCUCGUUUGCGUUAACAGGUCCUGGGGGCUCGCCAACAUGAGAAUCGCCUGUUUGCUGCUCGUUGCUGCUUUUUUCUGCACGUCCGACGCUAUUGUCCGGAUUCCUCUAAAGAAGUUUCGGACCCUCAGACGAACACUAAGUGACUCUGGCAGAUCAUUAGAGGAGCUUGUAUCUAGUUCUAAUUCCCUAAAAUACAACCUGGGCUUCCCAGCUAGUAAUGAUCCUACUCCAGAAACCCUCAAAAACUACCUAGAUGCUCAGUACUAUGGCGAGAUUGGUCUUGGCACUCCUGUCCAGACCUUCACUGUGGUGUUUGACACUGGAUCCUCCAACCUGUGGGUACCUUCAGUCCACUGUUCCCUGACUGACAUCGCCUGCUUGCUUCAUCACAAGUACAAUGGGGGCAAAUCAAGCACCUAUGUGAAGAAUGGGACUCAAUUUGCUAUCCAGUAUGGAUCAGGAAGCUUGUCCGGGUAUCUCAGCCAGGACACAUGCAUGAUUGGAGAUAUUGCAGUUGAGAAGCAGAUAUUUGGAGAAGCCAUCAAGCAGCCAGGAGUGGCCUUCAUCGCUGCCAAGUUUGAUGGUAUUCUCGGGAUGGCCUAUCCUCGCAUCGCCGUCGAUGGGGUUCCUCCUGUUUUCGACAUGAUGAUGAGCCAGAAGAAAGUGGAGAAAAAUGUUUUCUCUUUCUAUCUGAACAGAAACCCUGACACUCAACCUGGUGGCGAGCUGCUGCUGGGAGGAACAGACCCCAAAUAUUACACUGGAGAUUUCAACUAUGUGGACAUCAGCAGACAGGCCUAUUGGCAGAUUCACAUGGAUGGCAUGAGCAUCGGCAGUGGACUGUCUCUGUGUAAAGGAGGAUGUGAAGCCAUUGUGGACACUGGGACGUCUCUGAUCACUGGCCCAGCUGCUGAGGUCAAAGCUCUGCAGAAGGCUAUUGGAGCAAUCCCUCUGAUGCAGGGAGAGUACAUGGUGGACUGUAAGAAAGUGCCGACGCUCCCCACCAUCUCAUUCUCCUUGGGUGGAAAGAUCUACUCUCUGAAUGGAGAACAGUACAUACUCAAGGAGAGCCAGGGUGGACACGACAUCUGCCUGAGUGGAUUCAUGGGUCUGGAUAUCCCACCUCCUGCCGGACCGCUGUGGAUUCUGGGUGAUGUGUUCAUUGGCCAGUACUACACUGUGUUUGACAGGGAGAAUAACAGAGUGGGCUUCGCUAAGGCCAAAUCAGUCUAACAUUUAACACUUGAGACCUCAGUGUCAUGAGAGUAAGGAGAAAAGUAGGAAAUCUGUCAAUAUCAUCUCUGUCAGUGAUGGAGUUUAGCAUUAUGAUGAUCCACGUCUUUGCACUGCUGUUAGCUUUCAAAAGUUUUCGUUUUAAAGAGGCACGUGGAGAAGAAAUGAUUCAGGGAAAAGUCAAACCGAUGACAAGUUACACUCGUUUGCUUUUUAGUUCAGGCUUGUUUGAAUAUCUGAUUGUGAGGUUUUAACAUUUUUAUUUGAUAAUUGUCAUGUCAUUGAUUUUUAGACACUACCUGUUUUAAGAUUUUUAUUGUGGAAUGACCUCCAAUGACUGAUCAAAUCAAAACAGGCAAUAAAGCUGUUAUAAACUCAA